GAAAAUGGAAAAUCAGAGCCUUCAUCACCUCUUAAUUUCACUUUGGAAAAACGUCCACGGAACAGAUCAAGCGGUGCUGCACCUUAUCAGCCGGAGCGGAGUAAACUGGUAAAGUUCAUGGAAUAAGAUAGAUUCUUCAUUUCCGAAGUUAACUUUUACUCCACAUACUCCAAAAUAAUCAUAUACUUUGAAGUUGAUCAAACACAGAGACGAUUCUCUCGUAAAAAAACAUAGCUUUGACAUACGAUGCGCUGAUGUUUCUGAUAUACCAGCCAAACAAGAAGAGAAAAUUUUAUUUCUUUCCUUCACCCACUGCGCAAAAUCUUGCGUUUAGCCGGCAAGCUUCUCUAUUCUAUGGACCAGAGGAGACAUACUUACCUUUGUAAAACUCUGUUUAUGAAACAUGGAGUGUACGAAGGAAAGGAACACCAAUUUUCUUUUCUGCGCUUAUCAUAAAGAAAUAGUUGGGGAUGAUAAUAGUUCAGCCCUGUUAUCCUCGUGAAGGGAAACGCCUCUUGUAAUGUUUUCAAGGUUUUUCUAGAUCCUAUCACCUAAAUUGUAUACGAACAAUUGGGUCCUAACACUCCAGGUCAAAGUGGCCCUAGUUCUUUUGUUGUGGUAGGAUAUCGCAUAAAUUUGCUUAAUUAUCGUUGACAUGUUUUUGUCAUAAAUUCCGAUCUUUUCCCUUUAAUCCUGCAGCCAUAUAGGAAUGUCCUUGGAGAACUUGUGAGACCAGAUACACUAUCACGAACUUCACAAGACUCGCACGACAUAAAACCAGAAACACUACCAAACCAGUCGAAACCCGUUGGGUCCCAGACUCACAGCAGGGAAUCAUCGGAUGCAAGCUACAUCACCUACGUGGUCUGAUGGCGCAGCAAUCUGUCUUCCAAACAGGUCACUAUUGUUGCUUUGAACCCGAGACAUCUAAUUAACUUCCAUACAACUAUCAAUAACGGC